AUGAAGAACAAUCCCGCUGACUGGGUGUAUACCGAGACCGAUACCGUUGACUGGGAUCGCAUACUCCUCGAUGCGGACUGGGAAAAUUUGGAUUGGCGGCAACAAAUGCUUGACUUUCAGCUUGUGCCCUGGUCAGAGCUACGCAAAGGAACCCUCAGACGGUUGGCAACUCUACACGCACGGUACGACGAGACCCAUGUGCCAUCGAACUCCUGGCCUGUACGUAGUCCCGCGGCUGAUGAAUUGCUCCGUAGACGGGAACUGGAAGAGAACAACAUCGGAACAGAAAACCAAUCCGUGUCCGAUUGGCUCUCCGAGGAUGUUGAGAUGUUUUCGCCGGCCCCAACGCCGGCCCCGGACAUCCCUCUUCCUGAUCUCCCCGAAAUAUUUCAGUCGCCAGUUCCUAACACCCCGACCGAGGGCAACGCGACCAGCUGGGGAAAAGGCAGCUGGGGCAAGGGCAGCUGGGGCGAGGGCAGCUGGGGCAGAGCCUCGACGCCAAUUAAUCAAACAGGUGGGGAAAAUAAGAUCCCGGGCCUGGUCUACAAGGACGAUCCGAACGGAUACUGGACGAUAGGUUUCGAGCUGGAACUACCCGUCGCCGUCCAUAGGAAAGGGGGGCUAAUGGCCGAGCGACCUCAUCCCCACGACUGCCGGUGGGAAGCUGAGAAUAUCGUAACCGACGAGGUCCCAAAGCAUAGGAUCAAUCAAGUCACGGUGGACCGUUUUCUCGAGGUACUCAACUCGCAAACCGACAUGGUAUUCAUCCGUCGGGACGAGGACGAGGGCACAGCCCUUCACGACCUAAGGAUGGAAGAAAUGCAUAGGCUUGAACACAGACUCCCUCCCUUGUCGGAAAUCAUGCACGAAAGUCCGCUGAUACCCUUGGCUAAAAAGUCCCCUAUAAGCGCGGCAGCUGAGAGCGCAGCAGUGAAGGCCCGGGAUUUUCUUAAGUUGAGUUAUUUUAACAACUCGACACCCGCUAGAAGCUUUAUUUUAGCAAGUCGAGGGGAGCUCCGGGAUGCCGCACGGCGAGCCAUCAUGCCCGGCAUACCUAGCCCCUCGGAGAGGCGGGAUGCCGAGAACCGUCUUGAGGAAUUGCUUCACCUAGAAGCAUACAUACAAAGGCGAGAUAGGCACCAUAUCCCCUUAAUCGGCAUGAGGCCGCGGUAUCGAGCCUUCUCGGUCUACGCGGUCGACGAGAUAAACAUGGAUUGUACGAAAGGCAAACAGUACAGAUUCUUUUCAGACACGGAAGAAGACCCCGAGGAUCUAUACGGAUGGGUAACGAUCAAGAUCUCGUCGCCGGCAAUGCUCUUCGAAUGGCCGCCUUCGAAAAUCGAGAACAUAAUCACUAAUAUCUGUAGAGUCGUACGUGAUAACUUCCGCGUUCACCGAGACUCGCCCUGGAUCCCCGCGACAACACAGAUUUCUAUCUCGCAUUCCAGCGGUCUUACACUCACAGAUAUCCAGAAGCUAUCGUCGUUCCUUGGCACUGAGGCCGUCUUCAACAAUCUACGGUAUUUUAACCGAUGGUAUCGAACCCGAAAGUCGCACGAUAAAGUAUGCGGGCCCAUCCGCACUGUCUCCCAGUUAGGUAAACUGUCACAGACAAACCAGAACACAGACAACUUCAACAACAGUGGGAUCGUGCCAGUACACGGGCCUCAACUCACACAACAGCUAAACCAGAGGGCGGCAGAGCAUCUACCCAUCGAUUUAAUCAUGCAGAGGGAGAAUCUAGCGGGUCGUAAUUUCCAAGGCAUGAUAUGGCAAUAUACGAACGUAGACUCUAUCGUAGCUGCCGUGGGCACGGGGUCCCGGUCGUGUAAGGCUGAGGUGAUCAUGAAGUGCCGGGGCUUAGGUACUACUACGGGAGGGGCGAGUCCAAGCCCUGAACAAGAAUUGAUCCAGGACAGUGUAGACCAUGACCGCAAGUUCUUCGAAGUAGAUAGACAAAGAGGAGUUUUCGAAUUCCGACAAAUGGGGGGAUCGCUUGACCCAUCACACAUCACGGCAUGGAUGAGCCUGUGUUGUCGAAUAGUCCACUUCGUAAAAACCUCAACACCGGCGCAGUAUCGGUUUGCUUUGGAACAGAUCAUGGGGGACGGGGUGUCAGUCAUGGAUGCUAUAAAUGUUCCCUUUGAGCUCCAGCAAUAUUUCCACAGCCAUGUCGGCCAGAAUGGGUAUGUGGAGACAGAGUUUAGCAGCAACAGUAUUUCUAUUGACUGGAGAGACCCCUUCUACCCUCCAUACUCAAAGUAG